UGGAUGAAAGGCAAGGCUGGAAGAGAGUGAUAAUGGAAAAUGGUUUGUGUGUCGGUUGUGUUGUAUUUGGAGUGGAACAGUGAGAGAUGAGAAAGGAGGGGAUAAACAGAGCAAUGGAGGGAGGGAGGGAGGAGCAGAGCGAUGAUUCCUCUCUAAUCCUCUGGACACUCGCGAACCGGGUGGCUGCAGACAGACCGAGAGUGUAAGAGAGUGAGAGGGAGUGGGCAGGUGGAGACGGAGAGAGUGUGAAGUCAAACUGUGAGAGGAGCAAGAUGAAGGCUGAGGGAGGAGGAGAAGAAGGGCUAUUAUUCCUCUAGCACGCUGAGAGAAACCAGUGGGGAGCGUUCCUUACGAGCAGAAGCGAAGCAGCUAUUCACUCUCUGCCAGAGUGAGAGAGGGGGAGAGCGAGCGAUAAACGAGAGAGAGAGAGGUACACUACUCCGCUGACAGUGUGAACAGAACGAGGAGAGAUGAGAGAGGGAGGGUGAAGCAGAAAACUAGACAAUGUGGAGGGAGAGCAGUAGGUAGCAGCUUGUUCGGGAGAGGUGGAGAGAGAGGCAGAGAAGCACAAGACUAGCCACAGGGAAGGAGAGAGAGAGGACGGAGGAGAGACAGUGGGGGAGGGAAGAGGAGGAUGAGGGAGGAGUGGAGCGAGAAGCUGAUCUUUGACUGUUGAGGACAAUGUGCGAGCGUGUGAGCGUGAAGUGUGCUUGUGAGACUGGGUGCGAUGGAUCACUGUUCCUGCACACUGUAAGUCUCAGUGCAUGGCAGGGCGUUUAGUGUGUGAGUCUGGUUUCAUUGUGUUUUACAAGACACAGCACAGAGGCUGAGGGAUUACGACAGCUGGGGAGAGAGUGUGAGGCUCUUCUAUGUGUGUUGUGGUAGCGAGCAGGUGUGUGUGUGUGUGUGUGUGAAAGCAGCUGGAGACAGAGAUAGGUAGAAAGGCCAGGUACACCUAGAGGGCAGGAUCGCAGAGAGAGAGAACCCACGUGAGGGCAGAACUAGUGAAAACAGGGACACCAACUCUGCCACCAGAUACAGUGCUUGUACGUGCACAGCGGCACACAGAAGAAGCACCGUUCCAGUCAUCUCAGGUCAGCGCGGUGGGGGUGGAGCCAGGGUCCAUGGAUAUCCACCAGGCAGCCAUGGGGGCCCAGUGAGCUGUAGUAGAGGACGCCCUCUGCCCCCAGUCCCACCCAGCAGCAGCACUCUCGCUUCCCCUCCGGUGGGUAGACGAAGGUGAGCCUAGGGCACUUCGAAGCCCCGAAGGAGGGCCUACAGCGGGUUUCCUGUACCCAGAGGAGGAACCACGGCCAUCAUGGGGGAGUGGACCAUCCUGGAGCGCCUUCUGGAGGCUGCCGUCCAGCAGCAUUCCACCAUGAUCGGAAGGAUUCUUCUGACCGUGGUGGUGAUCUUUCGGAUCCUGAUCGUGGCCAUCGUUGGCGAGACGGUGUAUGAGGACGAGCAGACCAUGUUCAUCUGCAACACCCUGCAGCCGGGUUGCAACCAGGCCUGCUACGACAAGGCCUUCCCUAUCUCCCACAUCCGCUACUGGGUCUUCCAGAUCAUUCUGGUGUGUACGCCCAGCCUGUGCUUCAUCACCUACUCUGUGCACCAGUCGGCCAAGCAGCGUGACAGACGCUACUCCUUCCUCUACCCGCUGCUGGAGCGUUCGGAUUACGGGCAAAGUGGCACCAGGAAGCUUCGUAACAUCAACGGCAUCCUGGUGCACCACGGCGACGGUGGCGGGAAGGACGAGCAUGACUGCAUGGAGGUCAAGGAGAUCCCCAAUGUGCCGCGGGGGCUCACACAUGGCAAGAAGUCCAAGCAGCGCCAGCAGGAGGGCAUCUCGCGCUUCUACAUUAUCCAGGUGGUGUUCCGUAACGCACUGGAGAUCGGCUUUCUGGUGGGGCAGUACUUCCUAUACGGCUUCAGCGUGCCGGGCAUCUUCGAGUGCGACCGCUACCCCUGUGUGAAGGAGGUGGAGUGCUACGUGUCGCGGCCCACCGAGAAGACGGUCUUCCUGGUCUUCAUGUUCGCCGUGAGCGGCAUCUGCGUGCUGCUCAACCUGGCAGAGCUCAACCACCUGGGCUGGAAGAAGAUCAAGGCAGCCAUCCGGGGAGUGCAGGCCCGCCGCAAGUCCAUCUGCGAGAUCCGCAAGAAGGACAUGACCCACAUGUCGCAGCCCCCCAACAUGGGCAGGACCCAGUCCAGCGAAUCCGCCUACGUCUGAUGGCGACAGGGCUAUACGCUGGGUAAGUGAGGGGGCAGGGUAGGGAACGAGUGGGGCGACCACUCCAUUCCACUCUCUCUUUUUAGAGUUUUAAUGGAAAGAGGAGGAGGGGGACGUG